AUGCGUCCGAUCCCUGUUAUGUAUGUGGACCUAUGCGUCCGUAUUCUUGUCUUUAUGUAUGUGGGGUCUAUGUCCGGAUCCCCUUGUUAUGCAUUUUGUGUCUAUACGGUUAUUAUAUGUGAUUCUAUGCGUCCGGAUCCCGAGCAGGUAGGCGGACCUAUGCGUCCCGUAUUCUUGUCUAUGUAUGUGGGUCUAUGCAUCCGUAUCCCCUUUUCUAUGCGUCCGUAUUCCUGCGAUAUAUAUGUGGGUCUAUGCAUCCGUGUCCGCGUGUUGCAUAUGUUGGGUUAUGCGUCCGUAUCACCGGUUAAGAUAUGUGGGGCUAUGCGUCCGGGUCCCUGUGUUAUGUAUGUGAGUCCAUGCGUCCGUAUUCCAGCGUUAUAUAUCUGGGUCUAUACAUCCAUUUCCCCGUGUUAUAUAUGUGGCUCUAUGCGCCCGUAUGACCGGGAAAUAUGUACGGGUCCAUGCGUGCGUAUCCCCGUGUUAGAUAUGUGGGUCUAUUCGUCCGUGUCUCUGUGUUAUAUAUGUGGGUCUAUGCUUUCAACACUUGUUUACUUCGAAAGGCAGCAAUAUAUUAGUGGUUGCUAUCUAGCUGUUUCUGUCUGUCUUACACCCACUCCAUAUCUAUCUAUCUAUCUAUCUAUCUAUCUAUCUAUCUAUCUAUCUAUCUAUCUAUCUAUCACACUGUGUCCUAUUUAUCUCAGCCGCUUCAUAUCUCUCUCUAUCUCUGUCUCAGCUUUUUCAUAUCUAUCUAUCUUUUAUUUUGUUACCGAAGACAGCAAGACAAGGAGACGCGCGAUCGCUUGCACUUUCGUGAGUCCAUUCAUUGAAAAUGUGACCACUCAUCAAAAUGCGCGAUCAAAGACAAAAUUUCGGAGAAUUGAGACAUGUCAAGAUCGAUUGUAA